AUGCCUCCCCGUAUCUCCCUCCCCUUCGUCCUGGCCCUCCUACUCGCCCCCGCCCAUGCCUUCUACCUCCCCGGCAUCGCCAUGCAGGAGUAUGCAGACGGCGACGUCGUCGAGGUCCUCGCCAACAAGCUCACCUCCCCCUCCAACACCCUUCCGUACGGCUACUACAGUCUCCCCUUCUGCGCAACGCCAGGCUCCUUGAAAAGCCGCCCCGUCAACUUGGGUCAGCUUCUCUCGGGGGAGCGCGCCUUCCCCACACCUUACACCAUCAACAUGAUGCACCCCGUUUCCUGUCGCGUCGUCUGCACCGUCGCCCUCGCAACGCUUCAAGAACGACCGUACAAAGGCCUGCUCAACAGGAUCAAGGAGAACUACUCGGCCAGACUCAACGCCGACAACAUGCCACUCGUCACCAGGUACACCACCAGCGCGGGGCACCGCGCCUUCAAGUUUGGCUACAAGCUCGGCUUCACCGUCGCCAAUGACGUCUUCAUCAACAACCACGUCAGGCUCACCAUCCGCUACCAUCAGCCCUCGCUCAGCGCAGGUGAAGCCAUCGAUGCCCUCACGGCUAACAAGGAUGCCUUCCGCAUCGUCGGCUUUGAGGUCGAGCCCUUCUCCCUCAACCACGCCCCCGACCCUGCCGGAGUUCUCCCGGAAGGCGCGUGUAAGCCUUCGGACCGACCCCAGUUCCAGCGCGUCGCACGCGAUCAGAACAUCACCUUCACUUAUGACGUCAACUUUCAGUCCUCCGACCUCGCUUGGGCCACGAGAUGGGAUCCCAUACUGGAUGCAAAUGCUGAUAUUAAAAAGAUCCAGUGGGUCUCCAUCGUCAACUCCCUCAUGGUUUCUCUCUUCCUCACCGCCCUGGUCGCCACCGUCAUGCUUCGCACCGUUCUCCGCGACUUUGGAAGGUACAAUGCUGUAGUGGAGGACGAAGACGAGGACGACCAUACCGGCUGGAAGUACAUCCACGCCGACGUCUUCCGACCCCCCAAGCUCGCUCCCUUCCUCUCCAUCUGUGUCGGUUCCGGUGCCCAAGUCCUCGUCAUGGCCCUCGCCACACAACUCUUCGCCCUCAUUGGCUUUCUGUCCCCCGCCAACCGCGGCGGCCUUCUCACAGCCUUGAUCACCCUCUGGGUUCUGGCCUCCUUCGUAUCUGGAUACGUGUCUUCGCGUCUGUACAUAAGAAUUGAUACGGGCGUGUCGAGACGGCUCGUCACGUUCGGAACUGCCCUGCUCUUCCCUGGCAUUACCUUUUCAAUUUUCUUCGCCCUCAACCUGUCCAUGUGGUGGGUCGGAUCGUCGGGAAGCGUCCCCUUCACCACACUACUGCUGAUCUUGUUCGCGUGGUUUGGCAUUUCCGUUCCACUGGUUUUUAUCGGCUCCCAAUCUGGAUACAGAACCAAAAGAUAUGACUUCCCGACUCGGACAAACCAGAUUCAAAGACAAAUCCCGGACCCGCCAUUCGGGGUGUCACCUUAUAUCUAUGCUGUCCUGGCCGGCGUUCUGCCGUUUGGAACGGUGUUCAUGGAACUGGUCUUCAUCCUGAAUUCCAUGUGGACCGGCAGUGUAUACUACUUGUACGGCGCGUUGCUCUCCGUGUUUCUCAUCUUGGUGUUGACCUGCGCAGAAAUGAGCAUCGUGUCAACGUAUCUGUCUCUCUCCGCGGAGGAUUGGAAGUCGCACUGGCACACCUCCUUCUGGGGCCCGGCAUCGGCGGGGUUGUAUGUGUUCCUUUACAGCCUUUACUUUGCGCUCGCACAGCGUAGCGACGUGCCGAUCCCGUUUGUGAGCAUCGUGGUGUUUGUCUGUUGGAGCCUUGUAGUGAGCGGUGCGUUCUCGCUUAUGUGCGGGACCGUGGGAUUCGUUUCCUCGUUUUGGUUCACAGGAAAGAUCUAUUCUUCCAUUCGCAUUGACUAA